CCAUUUGUGGUCCGUACACGAGUCACCUGACGAGCCACGGCGACGGGGCAGCGCGCGAGCGCGAUACGCCGACAGGGAGUAGGAUCAACACCGGCCGGAGAGACGGCGUCCGAGACGGUGCCAAGAAAAUAGAAAACCAAAGAAGGGCUUCGCUUGCCUCCCUCCGUUUCUUUCCUCGCCAUCUCUCCGACCAUCAUAAGAGAGGGAGAGGACGGGAGAGAGACACCACGAGUUCUCAGAUCCUCUCCUCUUGGAUUCUUCCCAAUAUCCCUCGCCUGCCGAUCUUCCCUCUCCCUUCUCGAUCUCGAUCGCCGGAAUCUAUCGCAGUCCCUCUCUACCCAUCACUCCCCAAAUCUUUUCCGUACUAGGGUUUUGCUCUGAGUCUGCCUUCUUUCCUUGAUAUGGACAUCGAGGCGGACGACCGGUAUGGCAACAAGAGGGUCCACCAGAGGAUGGGUUCCUCGGCGACGGCGGCGGUCCCGGACAGGGCCAACAAGGUCUGCUACCACUGGCGGGCGGGGCGGUGCAACCGCCACCCCUGCCCGUUCCUCCACAGCGAGCCGGCGGCGGCACCAGCCCACCACCAGGGCCUCGUGUGGCGGAACCCUAGCGGCGGCGGCGGCGGCGGCGGCGCAAACCCUGGCCCCCCCUCGAAGUGGGGGAAGGGGAGGGGGGAGGGGCGGGGGCGGCUCCCCACCAAGGUCCCAGACAAGGUCUGCAACUACUUUCUUGCGGGGAAUUGUACGUACGGAGAGAACUGCCGGUUCUUGCACUCAUGGUUUAUAAGUGAUAGCUUCUCUCUAUUGACCCCUCUCCAGGGGCACCAGAAGGUGGUUACAGGGAUUGCACUGCCAUCAGGGUCGGACAAGUUGUACUCAGGGAGCAAAGAUGAAUCCGUUCGGGUCUGGGAUUGUCAAACUGGGCAGUGUGUUGGGGUCAUUAAUUUGGGAGGCGAAAUCGGUUGCAUGAUCAGCGAGGGGCCAUGGGUAUUUAUUGGUCUUCCCAAUGCUGUUAAGGCAUGGAACACACAAACUGCAGCAGACCUAAGCCUCAGUGGACCUACUGGACAAGUGUAUGCUUUAGUUGUUGGUAGUGAGAUGCUUUUUGCUGGGACACAGGAUGGACGUAUAUUAGCAUGGAAGUUCAGUGCAGCAGGGAAUUGCUUUGAACCGGCAGCAUCUCUUAGCGGCCAUCGACUUGCUGUAGUUUCAUUAGUUGUGGGAGCAAUGAGGCUCUACUCUGGCUCGAUGGAUCAUACCAUAAAAGUGUGGGACCUUGGUACUUUACAGUGCAUCCAGACCCUUACUGACCACACAUCAGUUGUUAUGUCAGUACUUUGUUGGGAUCAAUUUUUAUUAUCUUGUUCACUGGACCAAACAAUAAAGGUUUGGGUUGCUACAGAAAGUGGAAAUCUGGAAGCCACUUAUACUCAUAAUGAAGAACACGGAGUGCUCGCACUUUGUGGUAUGCAUGACGCUCAAGCCAAGCCAGUUUUACUCUGUUCAUGCAAUGACAACAGUGUCCGCCUCUAUGACCUUCCAUCGUUCAGCGAGAGGGGUAAAAUCUUCUCCAAGGAGGAAGUGAGAGCAAUACAAAUUGGUCCUGGUGGGUUGUUCUUUACUGGAGAUGGGACAGGUGAACUGAAGGUGUGGAAGUGGUUGACGAAGGAGAUGCCAACUUCAUGAGUUAAUGACAAUCCACUCUUUGUAUUCUAUAUUCAUUUUCUUAUGUAAUUUAUAAGGGAUUUCUUGAAAUGCAAUUCCAGAUGUAUGGCGGCCAAUUUUGAUAUUUUGUCAAUUGAUCUGUUAUGUAUUCCCUGGAAAGCACAUUGUCUGAACAGAAUCCGGACAAACGGGAUUUAAAAGCUUGUUCUCAGUACUUGGUAUACAGUUAACAGUACAAUCUAAUUCAGGUUCCUGGCAGCCUGGGUCAGGUCUGGAGCUAGCAAAAUACUAUAUAUUGAGAUCUGAUUUCCCAUUGCAA